UCAGACAUCACUCAUUGUCUCUUUGUUCGGUAGCAAAAACCAGACACAAGCAAAGCAAAAACACAUGAACUCAUCCCCCAAUCCUCCACAACCGCCUCCUCUUCUUCCUCCGCCUCAGUCCUCCACGUCCACCACCGCUGAUGGAUCCGGCAAGAAAAUUAGGAAACCUUACACCAUUACCAAGUCACGUGAGAGCUGGACUGAAGAAGAACACGACAAGUUCCUUGAAGCUCUUCAACUGUUUGAUCGCGACUGGAAAAAAAUUGAAGAUUUUGUCGGUUCAAAGACAGUUAUCCAGAUUCGAAGUCAUGCCCAGAAAUACUUUUUGAAGGUUCAAAAGAAUGGGACAAUUGCACAUGUGCCGCCUCCUCGUCCCAAGCGCAAAGCUGCUCACCCUUACCCUCAAAAGGCCUCUAAAAAUGUUUUAUUGCCAUUACAAGCAUCCAUGGGUUUUCCUUCUCCAAUAAAUGCCAUUCCACCUGGAUAUGGUCCCUGGGAUGAAGCUUCCACGCUAGUAAACACUGCCUCAAGCAAAAUCAUGCCACCCCAAGAUGAAUUUGCAAGUCUUAGAGGAGCAGAAGCUGAUAGAUCAAAGGGCGUAGCAAGGAUUAGUAACAGUGAUGUUAGUGGCAUUGGAAGCUCUAGCCGGACAAUACCUAAUUCCGAUGUGCCAAAUCAAGGGAAACAAGCAUCCAUGCUUCACGGUAUACCUGAUUUUGCUGAAGUUUAUAGCUUCAUUGGGAGUGUCUUUGAUCCUGACACCGGGGGGCACGUGCAGAAACUCAAAGAAAUGGAUCCCAUAAAUUUUGAAACUGUUUUGUUACUGAUGAGAAAUCUCACUGUUAACUUGUGUAGUCCAGAUUUUGAGCCAAUUAGGAAGGUCCUGUCCUCGUACGAUGUCAACAAAAACAUGCAUGCAUUCGAGGUUUUCUAGGUGAGGGAGUUGCAGCCAGCAGCCUAUAGAAAAUGUUGGAAAUGAUGAGUUGAAGAAAGCGUUUCCACCACAGGUUUUCAAGCUCAUCGACUUCCAGCGAGAUCAAAACGGAAUGGUUAUCACCGUGUUUUUACUUAUCAACCGGAUAAGUUGUGUACAUUCUUGUCAGGUGGGUUUGCUAGCCGUUCUUUUACGUAGUUGCUCCUGGUAUGGCGUUAUUAUAGAAGCGGAAGUAGGAGAAUUUGAAGAUGUGUAAUAAGGAUCAUAAUUCUGCCAUUUGAAUGUAGCUAGAAGGAUCCCCGUGACAAACAUGAUAGAUUUCUUAUCAAUUUCUGAGACAAGUGAAAUCUAGGUAUAUGCCACAUUUUCCUACUUGGAAGCUACAUUGAUAGAAAAAGCAAAAUUUGGACCAUGAUGAGUAAACAUCAAAACAUGAUCAUAAACUGAAUGCCCUACAUGAAAAAGGCAAAGAGAAGUAAGUAAUAUAAAGAAAUAUUGUUUUCUUUAAACGUUUUAAGUUAAAAAAUUUUACGUUUAUAGAAUAUGUAUAUUUUCAUUAUCAAUAAAUUAUUUUUUUAAAAUCUAUUUUCUUUAAACUUUUUAACUGAAUUGCAUGUCUGGGACAAGUGAUUCAUCUUAAUUUACUAUUUCUGAGAAUUGAACUCUCCAUUUUCAUGUUGGGUUGAAUUCUCAUCAUGCGCAUACCUAGAUUUCUACACACUUCGCUCCAAUCUGAUCGUCACUGCUUAGAUAAGCGGUGACCGAAGCGUCACUAAUUAUAUAAAAAAGACGACUAACUCACUCUUCGCUCCUAAGAAAACUAGAACCAAAAGUGAGGAACAAGUUAAAAAGAAAUAUAUAUGCUUAGAUAAGCGGUGACCGAAGCGUCACUAAUUAUAUAAAAAAGACGACUAACUCACUCUUCGCCCCUAAGAAAAGUAGAACCAAAAGUGAGGAACAAGUAAAAAUAUAUAUAUAUAUAUAUAUAUAUAUAUAUAAGACGGGAACAAAAAAA